AAUCCGGGAAAGAGCAAGGUGACUCGCUAUGCCAUGGGGGCGGCGCCUCGGCCAUAGAGCAGUUCGAGCAGGCUGGAGGUGCUUUGUGAGCACCACCACUUCAGUCUCUACCGUCACCGCUUUGGCAGUCUAGAACAAAGCAGCAUGUCAGAGGGUCGACCGCCGGUACUCCCUUCAGAUGUUUCCGGACAGAAAUUCGUUUCCGUGUACGCCCUACACGCCGGCUCGCUAUUCCUACCAGACCGAGAAGUCUUCGACGAUGCUCUGGACAGCGACACCGGUUCGAAGGUGCCUAGCUUUGCAUUCCUCAUCGAACACGAUCAGCAUGGGAAGCUCCUGUUCGACCUUGGGCUGAGAAAGCAUGGAGAAGGUUACCCACCGGCUUUGAAGGAGACCUUGCAGCUGUUUACCGUCGAUUGUCCGCACGACGUCGCUGAUAUCCUACAAGACGGAGGCAUCUCCCCCAACUCGAUCAAUACCAUCAUAUACAGUCAUCUUCACUUUGACCACGUCGGCGACCUCACGCACUUCCCGGCCGCCGAACUCGUCAUCGGUGGCCCCGCCGCCGAAAUCAUGGAGAAGCCCUACCCGCGCUACCCAGACAGCCCCUGGCAAGAGUUCCCUAGGCACCAGACCGUGCGCUACAUCCACUUCGACGACGGCGUCGUGCGAUUCGCGCCAUCGCGCAAUGUCGCGCCCCUCGGGUCCUUCGAGCGUGGGCUAGACUUCUACGACGACGGCUCCCUGUAUCUGCUCGACGCGCCAGGGCAUUUCCCCGGCCACCUAGCGGCCCUCGCGCGCGUGGCGCCGGAUACGUUCGUCCUGCUCGCUGCGGACUGCUGCCACAAUCGUCUCUGCUAUUCCCCGGGAGAGCGUCUUAUCAGCCGGGAGAAUUACCACGACCUCGAUGUUGCGCGGGAGACCGUCGACAAGGUGAAGGUUAUGCAUCGUCUGGAGAAUGUCGUGGUUAUCCUCGCGCACGAGAAGGAGAGGCUCGAUGAGAUGCCACUUUUUCCCAAGGCUCUGAACCGAUGGGUUGCGGCGGAGACUGGGAAGAAGAGAAGCCGAUAGACACGAGGAUGAUCUUGGAUCGAUGUGUUGCAAUCUGUGACAUGUACCAUGGUCCGACAGGCUACGAUCAAUGCUAAUGGGAUGGUACGACUACGUGUCUUCACGAGAAGCAUACAAGCAAGAUUAGUAAACUUCUACUGUGCCGUUAUUGUACUC